UGGAUAUUUGGUCAUUGUGUUUAUUUGGAGAAGAAGAACCACGUAGGCGUCAUUCUGCACAACACUUAUUUACUUUGAUCAAGUGCUUCGAAAGUAAAUCACCAAGAAUAUCCAAUGAAACAAGCCGAAUCUUCUGUUCUAGACACCUCCUGGACUUCCCACGUAAGACACGCCCCUCUGCUCCGCCUCAACGCUCUUGACUUCUCCGACUUAUGGGAUGAUGAGGAUCUUGAGUUGGACAGCACUGAAGAAGUCUCCUCCCAUACUUCGACCAAUCAGAUUGCAACCUCACCCGUCGCUCCACCCCUUCCCCCUUCGGCUCCGCCCCCACCUGUAGCCAGCGAGUCGCCGCGGCCGUCAGGCUGUCGUACUCUGAGGCUCCACUGGAGCGCGCUGUUGAGUCUGCAGCCUUUGCCGAGAGUGGGCCGCUUCGGGCUUCAGUCGAUCUGGGCCGGUCUGGAGCCAGUUCAACUGGAUACCAAUAGACUGGAAUACCUGUUUGAGAGCAAAAUCAGCAACAACAGCGCCCUCUGCAGUCUGACAGGGGGACGACAGAAGCAGCCGUGUGUGUCUGUUUUGGGUGUGAAGCGCAGUAACAUCAUUACUAUAGCUCUGAGCAGUCUGCCACUGGUUCACCUGCUUCCUCCUGCAAUAUGCAGCAUGGACAACACUGUACUAGACAGAGAAGACAUCCAGAGGUUGCAGAUGUUGGUUCCCACUGAAGACGAGCUGAAUCUGAUAAAGGAGGCAAAAGCUCAGGCCCCGCGGUCACCUCUGGGCCCCGCAGAGCAAUGUCUCCUGACCCUGGGGAACGUUCCUCAUCUGAGCACCAGACUGCAGCUCUGGGCCUUCACUCUGGACCAUGACACACUGGAGAGACCGACUGUGCUGGCCGUCGGCAACUUUCUGAACGGCUGUAAGGCGAGGGGGUUUGAGUUGAGUUACCUGGGCAAACUCUCUCAGGUGAGAGACACACAAGGCCGGCAGCCUCUUCUUCAUCACGUUUGUGUGCUAUUGCUCCAGCUUUACCCACAAUCCUCUGAUCUGUACUCCGACAUCACUGCUGUCUCAAAAGCCAGCAAGUGCGACUACACACAAGUGCAGCUGAAUCUCUCGCAGCUUCAAUUGCUUUGCAAAGCAUCCUGGGAUCAACUCCGACUACUUGAGAAAGAUGGAAAGAAAGGUGGAGGAAGAAAAGAGGAAGGCGGAGAAGAGGCAGCGCUCCAUCAGCGGCUCACGCAGUUUCUGAAAGACUGUGAGGAGAGGUUGAAGGUGCUACGAGCCGUUCACCGCAGGGUCAUCAACAGAUUCCACUCAUUCCUGCUCUUCCUCGGUUACUCGCGCACCAUGGCUAGAGAAACGAGUGCGGAGGUGUUUUGUAAGACCGUCAGUGACUUUGCUCUGGAGUACAGAGCCACUCGCAGUGCUAUCCUUCAACAGAGAGAGCGAGAGAAGGAGAGAGAGAGGAAGAAGCACAGUCACAACACACCUGAACUCAAACCCAGACUCCAACAAACCCUGUCUGAUGAGAAUCAGGAGCAGGAGAAACUUGAGGAGGUUUUGAAGACUCCUGAAUCAUCAUCGCCUUUCCACUUUGGCUUCACUCUUCCACGACAACGCAGCAAGUCGAGUGACAAAAAAGGUUGUCACUCCCGAAGGCUGAAGUGGUGAACGCCAAUCC